AUGACAACAGUAACAGUAAGAUCUAAAGUGACCAUAUCACUCUUUAUAACUACUGUUUUAUUGUUUAUUAUUAUAAACUUUAAUGUUGUUCAAUCACAAACACCAGCACCUAUAUUUCUUCAUGGUGAACCAAAAUUUUUGACACAAAGAUAUUGCAAGUAUGAUCAGUCGAGUGAUGCUUUUGGAGAGUAUGCCGAAGGUUUUAUUUUGAUCAAUAAAACAAUCAACAAAGUGAUUGCAAAGGAUUUCAGUAUUCAAGGUGGAGUACCUGUAUUGUCAUCAAAAUCAUUUGUAAACUAUAAUUGGUACCCAGAACAAAUCCUUUAUGUCAAAGUUGCCAAUACUGUCCCAACUAUAAACAAUACAUUGUAUGUCACAUUGUCUGAUACAGUCACCCAAGAAGAUUGGUCUGUCAUGGUACCAGGAAUUUAUUGUAAUCGAUUCAAAGAUAAUAGUUUAAAAUUAAAAAGUAAUUCAUUGUCUGUUAAUGCUACUUGGGAUUCUGGAUUAUCAGUUGCUGUAUUCUUGGUAGAAUUUGAUCAAGUGCCAAUUGAUAAUAUUGGGUGUCAAGUUGAUGGAGGUGGGUCGAAUGCAAGAUUCAACUGUAUAUGUGCAGCAAAUGAUAGAGCGUACAUUGUAUUUCCAUCGGCAUCUAGGUUGAUGGUAAGAUGCUCGCUAGCACCUGUACCAAACAAAUUCAAUGGUUGGGAUAGUCCAGUGAUCGUCACAUUUACGGAUAGUGGUAGAAUCAAUAUUACAUCAGUAUCAACAACCGUCUCAUUUAUCAAUGUUUUGAAUGGACCUAGUACAACACUUAUCACCAAACCAACUGUUGAAUGGAAGAACAAAACAAGUGUGAAUGCAUACUCGGGAGUUGACCAUUUUGACCUAUACAUUAAUGCAUCGUUACUCAACAAUGACUUUAUCGUCUAUAGAUCAGAGGGUGGUGGCGCUGUCCCAUCAUCUGGCAAACAAACAUACCCAAACACUUACAAACCAGUGCUUGGUAAUCAAGAUAAUGCACUCUUGCACUUUGCAUUACCAUUGGCCAAGUCUACCAGUGGUACACCAAGUCCAUUCACAAACAGUAUCAUUAGUCAACUCAACAAUCAUACUAUUGACCCUCAAUACACAUACUUGUAUAAAUGGAGUAACACACAGUCAACUGACGCAACUGUUGUCACCAAUGGUACAGUCGUUACACCAUCUUGGAAGUCAUCAACUGGUAUUAUACCAUUUAUCACGGUCACACCCAAUACUUUGAUGGAUGGAUACCUGCCAACUUCAACUCGACCCUUCCCAUUUGGUCUAAAGUCUGGUGGUGUCAACUCUAACGGUUACCAAUAUGCAUUUGACCAACCACUGCCAUCAACCUAUCUAGCCAACAAGAUAUCAGUCACCAAUCCACAUGGUCAAGUCAUUACGGAUAAUGGUGUUGGAUGGAGAUUCACAAUGGCAUCACUUGCCGGUAACCAACAGACCAACUACCAAAUGGGUGAUGCCAUUCACAUGUAUUUCCAUCAGCCUGCUGUAGUGGCCAGUAUCCCCACCAUGGGUCUUGUCAACUUUACCGCCAAUGAUAUAGCGCAGUUGUACUGGUCGCCACCAACCGUCGGUGUCACUCUUGGUCCAGCCAAAUCAACUCUUUAUGUAAGACUCGAUCCCUACUUUAUCAACUUUCUCAAUAUCCGUGACGGUCCCGCCGUGCUCAUCUACAAUAAUCACAAAUCAGAUGUCUAUGAUUUGUCACAGUAUUUCAUGGGUAAAUAUGAAGGUGGUAUGUUAAAGAUUGAGGUGACCAUCAAACAGGGUACCUUUCCCGGUCCAGUAGAGUACUUUUUGGCAUCAUCAAGUGCCAACAUUACAAGAGAGAUGAUUGGUGCCAAUCCAAGAAUCGGAUUACAAAGUGCUACUCUUCAAGUACUCUGUCAAAAUGCCGACGAGAUGGGACCGGUCGUAGGUUGUAUUUCAGCACCCGACGAUUACAACUACACCAUCACAGCUACUUCACAAGACCAGUCUGUUCAACUAAGAUGGAUGGUCAAUAUCCAGGAUCGUCCAAGUGGUAUCAAUCUCCUUAAAAGCUAUGCAGUCAUCUCUAGUGACUUGGAUCCAACCCAACAUCGUGUCCAACUAACUCGUAUUAGUGGCGAUGACUUUAACGGCAAUUAUAAUGUAACCUAUGUGACUCGGUCUGGACCACCAACCGAACGAUUCAAACUCGACUUGGUAUUGACCGAUACACUCAAUAAUGUAGCUACAUCGAUCGUCGAACCAAACACUAUCAAUAUCGAUCCAUUCCUCAAUAUUGCUAGUUCAACCGAGAAUCUUGGUCGAUUCAUCACUGUCAACUAUCCAGUAGUCCAAGAUGACGAACCACCCACAAUCCUCGAUCUUACCCUAUCCAAUGCUCUGCCAAUCGACAGUUCCUACGAUAACCGUACACUAUCAUUCCAAUUUACACUAUCUGAUAGUGUGUCGGGUGUAUCACUCACCUCUCGUCCAACACUCUACCUUUCCGGACUUUAUAGCGAUCUUGCUAGCUGUGUAGGUGUUAUCAUCAGUCAAUCCAACACCAACGAGUCUGAUCCCAACCCAGGCAGCGUCACCUACCAAUGCAACGUCACUCUCGACUAUGGAUUUGGGUACCAAACCAGUCCCCUCAUCUCAAUCUAUGGCUACUCUGACAAUAACCGUAAUUUUGGUGGUCACACUUCCAAAGACCUUGAAGCCAAGGGAUUGUUGUCCAAGUUUGACAUUGUCAUGACAAACACCAAUCCCAUUGUCCUCUCAACCAGUGGUAUUCCCGAUGUCCCAGACGUGUCCAGAACAAUCACCAUCCGUGGCAGACGACUUAUCCCAACCGAAUCAUUCACCUUUACCAAAAUACUCUUGUCUGCCAACGGUGCACUCGUAUCGACCAUCACACCUUUCUUUUAUUCACAUAGUGUCAUUAUUGGCAGUGUCAGCACCAAUCUCUUCCAACCCACCGAUUCUCUUACCAUCCAACUCACAUAUACCUAUAGUCCUGGAGGAGGCGUUAUCAUCACUAAAACAUCCAAUAUAUUCCCACUUGUCUAUAGAGAAAUCAUCCCCUACAAUCCUCUACCAGAACCUCCUAUCAACUCUACAGCUGAUCCAAUCGAGUUUUAUAUCCCAUCAUUUAAUCAAUGUCCAAAUGCUAUUGCCCCUAUUCCAGAUACAUCUUCUGAUGAAAGUAGUAGUGGUAGCGGUAGUAAUAGUAAUAGUAAUAGUAAUAGUAAUAGUAAUAGUAAUAGUAAUAGUAAUAGUAAUAGUAAUAGUACUAGUAGUAGUAAUAGUGAUGAUGGAGGUGUUAUUAUUGUCGAUGAUGAUAAAGGUAAACUGUCAUCUGGAGCAAUUGCAGGUAUUGCCAUUGGAGGAGCUGUUGCACUUGCCGCAAUCAUCCUAGUCGCAUUACUCUUUGCCAGAAGAAGAAAGUUAAAGACACGUGGUGACGACGAUUCACAAGAAGUACCCAGAGUAGAGUUAAAGACAGUUCCAAUGUUUGUCGGAGGUAAAGUCAAUAAUAUCGAUCAAUUUUAA